UACCAUACACCUCCAGGGCUCGCUCCUCCAUGACCCGGGCUCGCUCUCGGUCCCUCGGUUGCCUCCGUAGAACAGCCAGUAGCCCGGCCAGCAGCUCCAUGCCACCACGCCCAGCCCGCGCAGCAAACCAAUGUCGUGCAGGGCAUCACAUGGCUCCCCGUGUCUCACGUGACUGCCGGAUUGACUUCCGGGUUCGGGCUGGAGUCAUGUGACUGCAGGAAGAUGGCAAUGCCUAACCAAAAAUGAGGAGUUAAGAUAACUUGUAAACAGACCCUGUUGUCUGGUAUCUGGGAGAGCAGGUACACAAUAGAGCAAAACUAGUGUGUGGAGAGCAGUGAGUUACUGUCUUAUAGUGGAUAUUGAUCCCUGUGAUGGAAAAUGGGCUCCUUACAGUAAUUGGUAUUAUAAGUGCUAAUUAGAAAUGGAAACAGACAGGUAAGCAUGUAUUGUAUGUAUGUAAUAAUAUGCAUAUUGUCCAGGGCCUUUUCAAUUUUUGUUUUGCUAUUCAUUGCACUCUAAUCGCUUUGCCUAUACCAGCCAAAUGUGUCUGUAAUGGUUGGUUUUGUAAUCGCUCUGUGCAGGUUAAAAUGGAUGAAUGCAGGUCGUUUAGAAAUAUGUGCUUUUAAAGGUUUCAAUGUAAUGUCACAAUGAGUUGGGAUUGGUGUAGAUGACCCUUUUCCUCUUGUUUCACUGCAGCAAUAAAAUGGAUCUCUGUAUUCUUCUGGCUCCUGGACUGGUUUUGCAAGAAGGAACUGAAAGACCGGUGAAGGUUUCAGUGAGCAGACAUAAAAAUCUGACUUUAUGUAGUCUGCUCCCUGACGGUACACUUAAUCUCACCACGCUACCAGCAGGAAAACAGAAUUGUUAUCAUACCCAAGUGGAUGGAUCUAUCUCUCAGUAAGAUCGCCCUUUGCAAUUGGAGCUAUAUGUAUUCUUCAGUUUAGUCAUACCAAGAAUUAUAGGGAACCGUGUAAUAUACAUUGAAGAUUUGUGUGCAGAGUGAUACAUAGUGAGAAGUAAUCUCGUAAAGUAUAUGUAGCGGUUAGCGGAGUACUAUACACCAUACAACAUUUUAACAAUCAAGCAUAAAAUGAGUAGAAAGUUAACUAAAAGAUAUAGGGGAAGAGGGCAGAAGGGUAAGUAGGAAUGUACCUGAAAAUGAAGAGAGAGGCUGCAAAUGGUUAAUAGCAUUGUGGUACGAGAAUAAGGUUCCUCUGAUAGCUGCAGCAAGUUGGUCCAUAAGUCUUCUUUUCAACUAUGGUUCAGAUCUCUCGUACAACUUGUCUUUCUAUAUAUGUGACACUUAAAACAAAUCUGCAAAGGUUUCCUAAUGUGUGUAUGUUUUGUUCUGCUCUGUUAAUGUGGUCCUACUUGUGUUUCUGCAGAUGGUAGAAUGUGGGAACUGAACUCGUAAGAGCUAUUUUACAUCUUUUUUUUUUUUUUUUUUUUUAAUGCCCCAGGUUCUUGUGGGGUGAUUCUGAUGGCAAUGAAGAUACUUCAGAGAAAAGCCAAAAUCUUCUUGUCCUUCAUGAGAAUAAGGAUAUCUCUGUACACAAGGUGAAAACUGCCGGUGAAAUUUUAGAAGUGACCUCAGUCUGCCACUUUGAUGAAGACUCUUUGAUGCAUCUCUGUGCCGAUAACCAUGUCUGUGAGUAUGAAUAGACAUUUAUACUUUAAGUAGAAAGUAGGCUUGUAAGCUGAUGGCGUGCCUUAUAUAUUUAAUGCAGGUGUAAUAAAAUCUUUACAGUUUUCUUUUAAAUUUGGCAGAAUUACAUCACUUUGUUCCCCCAAUAAUAUUUGCCUUGUUUUUGUUCUGAUUUAGGAAACCACACACAAACAUUGACAUUUGUUUUCUUUUAAUCCCGUUAAUGCUUAUGCGUUUAAUAUACCAACUUCUCAAAUAAAUGAUGGGAAAUUAAAACAUUUAAUAUACUUUUAAACUCCAAAAUGAAUAUUUAACUAAGCUCAAAAUGAAAGAGUAAACCUAAUUAGUAGGGCAAUAAAACUGUAGUAAAGCUUAAAAUACUUUAUUUUAUUUAUUUUUUUACAUUUAUUUAUACACAUUUUGUUCUAAUAUGCAAUGCUGGGGUUAUCUUGCAUUUACAAUUGUCUCCUCUACCUAACCUAGCAUACAUCAGUAAAAAGUCAUUUUAGACAAACUUACCUCUUUUCUGAACUCAUAGUGCAUUAAUUGACUCUUUGAUGGGAAUGACACAUGCCAUCAGUGCAGUUUAUUUACAUGUAUACAGAGUUGAGUUGUGUUAAUCGAAUUUUUGGUUUUAUGCGGGAGGUAAAGAGUACUGUCAAUAUAACUAAAGUGAAUAUUUUUGAAAAGCAAAUAAGAUUUCCUGGGUAUUUCCAAAUGCAUGGACCUGUUUUUGACACUUGACGUGACUGGAUUGUCACUGUGUUAUUUGCCUUUCUCCUUUAUCAUGAAGGAGUUAACAUCCAUUCCUUUUUGGGACAGAAAUUAAAUUUUGUUGCUACUGGAUUUUGCUCUGCAUAACGAGUGCAGCUGAUGACAAGCUUCCCAAAAUGUUUUUUAAAUUUGUAUGAAUUUUCUUCCAUGAUAGAGUGUUGGUAGGAGCCUAGGGUAUAUGAUGAUGUGUUUUUGUUUCUCUGUUUCUAUAAUUCGCUCUUAUGUUGCUGGUAAAUGCAUUGGUACUCUUUGGGUGCUUCUUGUUUUCUUAAUAUCUCUGGACCUUUGUCCCUGACAGUGGGCAGAUAUUAUAUUAGUAACAUGGAUUGAAGUGGCAGAUAAGAAACAGUUUACCAAACUACUCUGCCUUUAACUUAUUCUUUGACUAAUUUAAUCUUCAUCUAAUUUUUUUUUUAAACAUUUUUUUAUAACAGGUGUCUCAUCUGAGCUGUCCGUUAGGCUCCUUGCUCUGCACUGUGAUCAAAUACUCCUGCUGCUCAAUAAUUGUGUUCUGCUGCAGCUCAGUUGGGCUGGAGAAGGUCUGAGCCCACAGUUACUCUCCUGCUUCUCUCUAGACCUGGACCCAGAAUCUGCUGAUCGGAUAUCAGACGUGUGCCUAAGCAGUGAAGUUUUAUUCCUGCUGGACACCUCUGGCUUUGUAUGUAUCCUUUCUGAUAUAUGUUUUUUCCCUCUGGAAAAGCUUUUUUCAUUUUCCUCAUUGUCCGGUGUCUGGACUGUGAAUUUUAAGUUUUUGAAGUUUUGUUUCCCAGUUAUUCAGUUUAAACAUUUUUGAGUGUUUUUUACAUCAUCCGAUCUCCUGAACUCAGAUCAAUUAACUAACUUGUGCCAGAGUCAGUCAACAUCAACCAAACCUAAUGAGGAAAAAUGCAUAUGGAAAUCUUGUAAUAAACAUUUACCGUAGUGUGAUACCUAUACAGGGUCUAUAAACUACCCAUAUUUCCCAUUAUUAAAAUAUCAGUUUGAAUAGAUGUAAAAGACUAGAAAUGUUUAGUUUUUUUGACACCACAACCUGUGGGAAAGCACAGUGUGGUCAUCGUGCACUACAUCUUCCUCAAUAGAGCAUCUCAAAACUGGUGGUAAGAACUAUUCCAUAAGUGUAUUGAACUGUAAAUCUAAUUUGGGGAGUCAUGUCAAGUAUUCUCUCAAUGUUGUACUCCUUUACAUGAUACUGCAGAUGUUUAUGAUGCCGUGGAUGGCUCACAUGUAGCUGAAAUAGAGAUUCCUCUUAGGCGUGAGCCUAAUUCAUUUGACCCAUUAAUAAACAUAUGUGUUUCUCCCGGCUUGGGUAUAGUUUUGGUUUCUUCUGGGAAUGGCUGGGUACUUCCUGUGCGUCUGAACAGAGACUUCAGGUAUGGCAGUAUUUGAUUUGUUAGGAAGAUGUAAUAAAAAUGAAAAAAUGUGUAGAAAAAAGUGAGCUACUAGCAAGGUUUAAUAUUCGAUUAAAGCCUUUAUGAGCAUUAUGUGAGAGAUGGAUCUGUGAAACACACAUUAAAACUGAAGUUGCUUACCCAGAGCUCCACUAUGUAGCAGAUAACAGAUCCAUCUCAACAAGGACAAAUGUCCUGAUAAUUGAAGAAUGCCAUGUUCAACACGAUCAACACGAUCUGGAUUAAUAGGAAUUUUAUUGGCGCUCACAGAACAUUCAUAUUGAACUGCAAGCAGUCCUUGCUUAUAUGGUAUUGUUAACCCAAGACAAGUAAAUUUUUUUGGCUCCAUCUGUGAUUCAGUCCCAUAUGAAUGUUCUGUGAGUCCCAAUAAAGUUCAAAUUGUUCUGAGUCCUGUUUACCAUGGUGUUCUUUUAUUAACUGGACAUUUUCCUUUUUUGAGUGGGAUUUGUUCUCUGGAAUUCUCUGCUGAUUAUCCAAAAUAAGAAACAGCAUGACGACUAAAUAAAAAUGAAAGGUGGACAAUUAUUAUUUUUAUUUAGAAUUUUUUUUUUUCUUCUUUAAAAGAUCACUCUACUGGUGUUAUCUAAACUAUCUGUCUCUAUAAAACCCCAUUAAAAAUUAAAUAAAAAAUGCAGAUGUUCCCUUUUUUCUCUCAUGUGGUAAAUUCAUUCAGACUUCUUCAUACAGAUAAUAAAAGAGAAGACGACGUAAGCCAGCGGGUGUCAUGCAUAGCUCAGUUAUCUAUUUAAUUGUUCAUCAAUUCUGGACAGUGAUCUGGAUUUCUUGUACAAGGGAAUAUUGUUUUAAUGCUUGCUUGAUCAGCGUCUGAGGUUGUUGUCCAUGUGAUGCUCUAUAGUAGAUACCAUAGUGAAAGUUAAACAAGUUCUGGGUUUCUGUUUUACCCUUGGCAUCACUCUUUCGCUCAGGCGGAACUCAGAACACCAUGCAUGCCUUACAGACGAUAACGAUGAGGAUGAGCUCAGCAGCUGUGAUGUGAGAAGACCCGAACAUGCCUUACGGACAGACAGGUUAAACACUCCGUUAAAUAGAUGUUAUACACUCCUCCUUUUAAUGCAUUCCUUGCACACACAUCUCCCAUCCAUGCUCUGCACAUACAUUCUUUGAUCUUUAUGUCCAUCUGCUUCAUUGCUGCUUCUAUUUUAUACAUGUGCCAUUAUCUGUGUUUAUUCCUGCAGUGUUUAACUCUAACGUCUGCUUUUAAUUUCUUGUACCUAAAGGUCAUGGGAAGCCACUUUGUCUUCACUUUGCAAAGAAUCCAGAUAUGUAGAAGACUUCCUCUUGUAUCCCCAAGCUUUGCUCCCUUGUAGUAAAUCCUCACAAAUACCGCCCAGUUGGACUCCUGUUGGGGAAGGUUGGCUGCAUAUUUUACAAGAAGAGGCAGAGGAGCCAGUGAGUUUGCACAUUUGGUUUGUGACCUCCAAGAGUGCUGUUUUCUGUCUCCUGGGAAGAGAUGGAAAUCUUACCAUAGCACACCUCAACAUGGAGACACAAGCUGUGACAUACCAUCCCUUGGGUAAAGCUCUGUAUGUGGACUGUGCACCAGAUGAAGCAUGCCUAGUGAUCACAGGUGAGGUCAGAAUGUUAGAUUAAAGCAAACAUAUAUAGACUAAGUGACAGAUGUUGUCUGUAGUAUAUAAUUCCUUGUCACAGUGGCAGAGGUGAUGUAGUGGUGAAUCCAGACGGAUAGUCAUGGAAUGCUGAAGUCUUGCAGGUGAUAGUGUUUUAAUGAAAUUCUCUCCCUCCAGGUAAAGGGCUUUCUCUAGUGCAGUUUGCUGCGUCACAGGAUGAGUUUUUGAGUAGACUAAUGAUUCACGGCAAUGCAAGUAGUGCGGAUAUUUUGUGCCACCUAAACAACUGGGGGCGCUGCUCAGUACCUAUCCACACGCUAGAGGUAAGGAAAAUGACACCUGCAAAAAAAAAAAAUGUAAAUCUCAACUUUUUGCUGCAAGAUUUUCUUCCUUAAAUGAACACUCCGAGCACCAUAAACACUGCAACGUUCUGUAGUGGCUGUGUUGCCAAGAGUGCCCUGGCGGACUCCCAGAGUAAGCAGUCAAACCAUUUACAAACAGUUCAAAAACAUGCCUGGGGUCUGCUUUACUCAGGUCUCAUUCUCCUGUGGAGCAAUAAGCACUUGCAAUGUGAGCUUGCUCAACCAAUGAACUAAGCCCUGCACCUUUAGGCUAGCUCAGUGCAGAGAGCGCUUCUGGUCGCACAGGUAAAGGUGACUGGUCCCAGCAGACCCCAAGUAAAUUGUUGCACCAGUCGCAAAUUGUUUGGCUUCUUAAUCUGGGAGUGCACUAUAAUGGUUAUGUGGUUUACUGUGUCCUCUCUCUAUCCAUGGCCAUUUCACACCCCAUUUCUGUUUGCAUUACUCCACCUUCCUAUCUGAUUGGUUUCUUCCUACUGGGUACUUUUUAGGCUGGCCUAGAGAACAGGCAAUUGGACACUGUUGAUUUUUUCUUGAAGAGCAAAGAAAAUAUCCUAAAUCCCUUGAUUCCUGAGGAUACUGGAGCUACUAUUCAAUCAGAGCAAUACUUACACCGUGAGCUCAUUCAGUUCUUAUUUAGCUCUGUCUGUAACCUUUUCAUCUGUAUUGUAGUGUCUCACCCUCUGUUUGUCUCUCUCUGCAGUUAUUCAUGGUCUUCUCCCAGCUCUUGACUUGCUCUUCUCCUAUAUCCGACACACUUCCAAAGAGACACAAAGCAAACAUUUCUCAGAGCAAUUGUUGAAGUUCACUCUUGGCUUCCUUAAUGGUCAGUUACGCAAUGUCUGCACCUAUGUGCCUGGUAAGAGACUAAGCCAGUUAUAAAAGAGAUGGUUUGCAAUAAAUUGCAGGUUACAGCGACAAGCUGCAGUUGACGUUCCUUUUUUUUCUGCUGUGGAAAUAAUUUAUUAUAAAAAGAAUAACAUAGCAGAUAUUCACCUCAUUAAGGUUUUGUUUGUUUGUUUGUUUUUUGGGAUUUUUGUAAAUGAUUAACCUUUUUUUCCUCAGGGUAGCAGGGUUAAAACGUAGCAGGGCCACUGCAACCAGAUCACUCAAUUGAGAUGAAAUGAUGUGGGUGUAUUUAUUGGUACUUUCAACCAAGCAUCUCAAACUCUUGGCCCCUAGAUGUUGCUGAACUACAAGUCCCAUGAUUCACUGGUCAUCUAUUGCGUUCAAAGAAUUCUGUGUGCUGUAGCCCAUCAAUUUCUGGGGGCCAGAGUUUGACGUACUUGCCUUAAAACCUUGUGCGGCUAGUAUCUCUGUUACGUAUAGAGAAGGAGAGGACUUUGUGUUAUGUAUGUGUAGGAAAGGAAAGGGCUGUGUGUUACGUAUGUAUAGGGAAGGAGAGGGCUGUGUGUUACGGAUGUAUAGGGAAGGAGAGGGCUCUGUGUUAUGUAUGUAUAGGGAAGGAGAGAACUGUGUUACGUAUGUAUUGGAAAGGAGAGGGCUGUGUAUUAUGCAUGUAUAGAAAAGGAGAGGGCUGUGUAUUAUGUAUGUAUAGGGAAGGAGAGGGCUGUGUAUUAUGUAUGUAUAGAAAAGGAGAGGACUGUGUGAUGUAUGUAUAGGAAAGGAGAGAACUGUGUGUUAUGUACGUAUAGGAAAGGAGAGGGCUGUGUAUUACGCAUGUAUAGGGAAGUAGAGAACUAUGUGUUAUGUAUGUAUAGGAAAGGAGAGGACUGUGUGUUAUGUAUGUAUAGGAAAGGAGAGGACUGUGUGUUAUGUAUGUAUAGGAAAGGAGAGGACUGUGUGAUGUAUGUAUAGGAAAGGAGAGGACGGUGUGAUGUAUGUAUAGGAAAGGAGAGAACUGUGUGUUAUGUACGUAUAGGAAAGGAGAGGGCUGUGUGUUACGUAUGUCUAGGGAAGGAAAGGACUGUGUAUUACGCAUGUAUAGGGAAGUAGAGAACUAUGUGUUAUGUAUGUAUAGGAAAGGAGAGGACUGUGUGUUAUGUACGUAUAGGAAAGGAGAGGACUGUGUGAUGUAUGUAUAGGAAAGGAGAGGACUGUGUGAUGUAUGUAUAGGAAAGGAGAGGACUGUGUGAUGUAUGUAUAGGGAAGGAGAGGGCUGUGUAUUACGCAUGUAUAUGGAAAAAGAGGUGGUUGUGUUCAGCGUAUGUAUAGGGAAGGAGAGGUGUUUGUGUGUAACAUUAUUUGCCUUUUCUGAAUAGCUGAAUUGUGACAACAGACCUCUCUUCAGUGUUCAGAGAAUAGACCCAUAUUUUGCACGUGUCCUUGUUGUUUGGUCCAUUCUCCUGUUUUUUUUCUUUCUCCAUAUCUGCAGAGCCAGACUUCGCAAUUGAAGAAUGUAUCUGCAUUUUUACUGGCUUCAUCACUGCAUUGAGACCCUUCAUGAGAAAGUCUGUGCAGCCAUCAAAGUCGGUGGUGGUCGCCCACGACAUAGUGGUGAAUAAAACAUGGGAGAACUGUUCUUUACAGGUACGUAUUGACAGAAGAAUGGAUUAAUAUGGGAAAAUGACAGACCCAUUAUGUGUUUUAGACAUUCUGUUCUAGACAUGUUUAGUUGUGUAAGAAUGUCUUUAAAUGUUACUAUUUGAUAAGGAUUUGUGAGUUUGCUCUAACUUUUAUAAACUGAUUUUUGGUAUUUACUAUUUCCAGCAAAUUAUCUCUGAUGCUAUCUUGACAAACCGCAUUCCGGAAGCUCAGGCAUUUCUUCGUGUUCAAGGUCAAACCUCAUCCAGCCUGGAAUGGCUGAAACAAGAAGGCUUGAAACUGGUGUUCAGAUGCCUGCAGGAGAACCGUGUGGAAGAGGCAUGUCAGCUGCUCCAGAACAUGGUAAGAACGGGACUCAGUCACAUUGCUAUUAAGAUGAUCUCUACCUCCUGACUAUAUGUGCAUGUCCACCAAGUAAGGUGGCAUUUGGGUUCUUUAGCAUUUCAGUUUUCUGGCUACAUGGGUAGGAGUGAAUGGAAAAGUAUAUUUUAGAAGAUUUUUCUUCUGUUCUCUAGCAACAGAUAUAAAUGUGAACACUGUUUAGCGCAGCUUACAAUCUACGGUAGUUUUGGAAGUGAUAUCAGGAUUUAACAGAAUUUUUAUGACUUAUAGCAACACAACUUGCGUAGUCAAUAUUGCAGAGAUGUUCUGUUCAUGAAGUCUGUUACACACAUACAGCCCUUGUCCCUUUGGUUCCAUUUGGAGACCAGGGAUUGGGUGAAAUAUGUUCUCCAUUUCCUGGUUGAAAGGAUGGAUCACAACCCAGACAUUCCUAAAAACUAGCUAUUGCAGAAUCUGGAUUUAUAUGUUAUUUUACAUGUAACAAUAAUAAACAAUUGUGUUGUUGCUAAGGGAAGAUUUCUAUAUUACCACACUGCAUUCUGUAAGUGUGCAAGAAAUAUUAAACUUUCCAGACUGCUAUGACUUCAGUGGAUCUAUUUUCUAAUCUGAUACUCCUAUUCAUGUAUUAAGUUCAGGAUAUGUAGGCACAGAGCCAGAAUGUGCGCAGGAGAUAAUCGAAAGAUAUUUCUUGUUUAUUGGGAAGCAGGUCUGUCUGUUACCUGUUACACAAAUAAAAAAAUAAUAAUAAUUGCAUGUUAAUUGAAGUUGUUUUUAUUAUGUUUUAUUUUAUUUUUUUAUAUCUGGUAAUUUUGGGUCCAAAUGUUUCAACUCUCAGAGAUCUAUAUCUAUUGCAGGGAUAUUCCACAUGGCACGAGCUUCAACGCAUCUGUAUGCAUACAUCCGAUCGCAAUAUUCGGAAUCUGCUGGUGAGUCAAUCAGUCUGUACAUUUGGCUUCUGCUCACUCUUACCGUGAACCUCUGAACUACCUACACGUUUCUUUUUAGGUUGACCUCUUGCAGAGAGAGGGGCAAAUUUCAGAGAAACAACAGGAACAGAUCCAGACUUUGCUUCGCGUCGAAGAGCUCUUCUAUGACCCCGAUGACAGUGCAGGAGCGGGGCAGAGUGUAGUGAAUGUGAGGUAUGUGGUUCAUCUUGGUCUGUCUUAUUAAGUAUAUAUAAGCACACUGCGGGAUAUGUUGUUGAGCAUAAUGCUUUUGUUUAUCAGGCAAGUAUGGAAGAACCGCACUGGGGCUCCUGAAUCUGCUGUUCUAGAAGAAGUUCUUACAGCUGAAGAUAAUGAACCAAAGACUUUGCGUCUGCACUGGGCUGAAGGCUGGGACAAGGAUACACAAGAAGCAAUCCUUCUUGAAAAGCAGAAUGAUGGGGGUCAGGAAAUUCUUAAAAAGAUUAAAUACACAAAAUGAAAAUCAUACUAUUACCACACUAUUUGAAUCUAUCUUUGUAUUCACUAGAAGUAAGGGAAAUCAUAGGGCAUGUUAACCAUUCCAGACACUUUUAAUUUUCAAGGUGCUUCUUUUUAGCAGAAACAAUCUUACUUUAUAUAUGUUCCUGAGCCCAGAUCAGCUGAUGGAGAAUGGCUGUUACACGUAAAAUACUAAAUCUGCCCAUAUAACCUGAGUGAUCAGAUCUCGUUUUGCAGCGUUGAAUGAUUAAGGAUUAGACUAUUCAUCUUUAUUUAUUUUUCUAGGGAUUAAAAUUUUUUGAGUUAGGGUUAAUUUACAUUUCUUUAUUCUGAAACGUAAAGGUUCACUAUAAUCGCAGUAACCACUAUAGGACACUACUAAUUGUAAUGGUUUGGGUGAAACACCACUGGUAUGUUUCAAGCCAUUGUUGAGCAGAUUGUCAACAAAAAUAAAUCUGUGGCACAGAUAAUGCUUAUUAUCCCUUGCCACUCACAGUGUAUCCCUGCCAUCCAAAGUGGGUUGUAUAAUGGGGAAAUCUAGAUCUGGUUUCCAGGUGCUGUGAGAGCCCUAUUUCUUGUCACAUCACUUAAAAGGAUUUGUCACAAACCAAGGGCACCCUAAUAAUUUGGACCAUAACCACUUCAAUGAGCUGCAGUGAUUUUGAUACUUAGAGUUUCACUGUAAACUAUCAUCUUGGUUUCUGUACUGUGAUUGCUGCGUGAAUGUAUUCUGAUUUUCAGAGAGCAGGGGCAGUUUAUCACUUCUAUUUUCUGAAGCCCUCAUUGUCUUUCUUUCUCCAUAUCUCCCUCAUUUAAGAUCUCUCAACCUUUCAACCCCAUGUUGUCUGGAGACGCCAAACUUUGUGGCAUUCGUGGCCAUCAAUUUGCUCCUGGAUUGAGGAAACUGGAUUAAGUGCAGAAGCUGGUGGACCCAGUGUUUCCCAAUGGCCACGUCUUACCGCAGAUAUAGUGGAUGAGAACACUCUGUGCUGUGGCUACAUGAAACAGAAAAUCCUAGACAAACUAUUGAGGUACUGAGAGAGUGUUUUGGGGACCGGUGCUGUGUGUUCUUGUUCUCAAGAAAGGGGAUCUGUUCAUUGAUUUGCAAUCAGUCUGUGUGCAGAGAGUGCCAUGUAGGUAAUUAUUUGUACAAGCAGGUGGACAUGUCUGUUCCGUUAUGUACAGGGAGAACUAGGACUCUGUAUUUUCCAGUAUGUAUAGUGAAGGAGACGUUUUGUGUGUGUGUGUGUGUGUGUAGAGAAGGAGAUGUUGUAUGUGUCUUACAGUAUUUACGGGGAAGGAGAGAGCUGUAUGGUCCAAUGUGUAUAUGUGUGUGUAGUACUUAAAAUAAUUGAGUAGCGAUGAUAACUUGAGCUGUUGUCUCUUUCUUUUGCAGCAUGGGGAUCAUUGUCCCCUCUGAAAUGACAGAUUUCGAUUGUCUGUUGGAGCGACUGGCAUUUGGCAAAAAACUAAUGUCAGCUGCUGAAUCUGACAAUUUACAGUUUUUCAUUGACAAAAUGGAUUUCCACACCCGCUUUAUAGAGAUGUGUGCUAUGCAUGGCCUGCAGUAUCUUCUGUACACCUACCUUGAUUACCACAGGUAACCACCUGGGGAUGGGUAGUGGUGUAUAUAUUGAGACUAUUUAUACAUAUAAAAUUUCAGUGAAGACUGCUGUAUGUUGUACAUAUGAAUUUGUCUUGUAUCACUGACAAGGUAAGCCCUGCACAUAUUAUUUCUUCAUAGACUGAAUCCUCACAAUUGUCCUGUUCUGGCCAGUCCGGCUCUUCAUGAGAGUCUGCCCUGGUUUGGGUUUCUCGUUCAGAUCCGAGGAAUUCAAGAUAACCCAGAUGGCAAGUAAUAAACUGAACACUGUUGGGUGGAUUGCAGUGUUUGUGGUGUCUUGUUACCAAGCAGACUGAAUGAAUGUUUGGCUGCACUGCAUUUUCUUUGUCAUUGCUCCAUUGUGUUUAGCAUAAAUAUCCCAUCAUUCCCAUGCCAUGCUUCGGUGGGGAGGUUUCCAGCAUUUUGCACCAUUUAUGUGCCUUCUGACCUGUUCCCUGCUCCUCGUUCUCAGAUCACAGCCAGAUAUUCCAUGCCAGCCUGGCUAAUGCCCACAUGGUGAUGCCUGGGUCCCAGCCCAGUGUGAGCAGUAUGCUGCUGGAAGGGCACACACUGCUGGCUCUUGCGACCAAUAUGUAUGCCCCCGGUGGCAUUGACAGGGUAAUAUUUUAUUCCUCUUUAUGUGGUUUGCAAACUAUACUAUCCUCUCACAUGCACUCUCCAUUCUUUACUUGUUUUCAUAUUUUUGGAUUUGUUCCAUAAACUGUGAAUUGUAGCAAAUUAUAGAUUGUUUUUGUGUGGAUGGUUUAUUAGUGUUAUAGAGCCAGUUCUAUUCUGUGUAACAUAUUACCCUAGACAGCUGUUCUGUAUAAUCAAUGUAAAUGAAUAUAUUGCCCUAUAUUGUUCUUGUAUCAUUGCUACAUAGUAAUAGAUGUCCUAAAUCUAUCUUGGUUAAUGACCAAUGGUCUAAUAACCAAUUUACAUAUAUCCAUUUCAAACACCAUAUUUUAUCUUCUUGGUCAUAGUGUCCUUUCAGAUUUAUAGUAGAGAGAUGAGAUGAAAUGUAAACCGUAUAUUGUAAUAAAAGUUAUCUAUUGUGCUGAAAGCUUGUCUUCAUUCUUCUCCUUCAGGUAGUGGAGCAGUGUGAGGAACCAACCGCAUCUUCCAGGAAUGUAGAUCCCCAGUUACUGAAGAUGGCUCUGGCUCCAUAUCCAAAGCUUCGAGCUGCUUUGUUCUCCCAGCACCCAGCCCAUGGAUCCCCUUCCCAAGUCUCCCUCUAUCAUCUCCUGCAGGUAUGGGAAAGAGGGCCAUAUCCAGACACAUGAUCAGAUGGCGUUAAAUAAUAUUGUUGUAUAAUGAUAAACAUUUCUAAUUAGAUGAUAAGCCAUAUCUGUUUCUCGUUGUGCCCAGGCACUCGCUCCCUUCAGCCCAACGCAUUUCUUCACUUGGCAGGAAACAAACACAUUAGCAGCUGCAGGUAAUUACCAUCCCAGUUUUUGUGGGGAAAUGUAAUUGGUAGCAGUGUGAGGUGGGCAUUAAAGGGACACUCCAGACCCAUAAAUCACUUUAGCUUAUUGAAAUACUUUUUUUGUGAAGAGGUGUCUUUUUGUUUUUCUAUUUAUUUUUUCUUUUUUUCAAUUUACAUGAAGUGCAGAUUUCAAUAGAAAUUGGCAUGUUUAUAAAUUAACCUGGUUACACCCCCUGGCUUUCAAGCAGACCACUUGUCCUGUUACUUCCUGGUUGUUUGGCUGUUUGUUCUUUCUUUGGUCAGCUGCAUUGCAAAGUCUGUGUUUCGACAGCCACAAAACGUCUGGACAGGGUAAAGAAGUGGAGUGCUUGCAAAGGCUUUCGGGAAGAGAUCUGCAGCUUUUUCCAUUGCAGGGAUUUCUAAAAACAGCUUGUAAAAGGCAUUAUUAAAUGCAUGCAUGUUUUCAUUGGGGGCAUAUCUACUAAACAUCGAUUCUAUUUUAAUUAUUAUUAUUAUUUGGGAAGUGGAAUGUACAUGUAACUGUCCCCUUGCAACAUUCUCCUUUUUAGAUGCUCCCAAAGAGCUCUCUCACUUCUCCUGCCCUCGACUUGUCAAUAAGCUGUCAGUGGCAGAGCAGCUUGAUGUCUACUACUAUCUACGUAGUGGGCGCCCCACAGUUGCUUUUGCCACUUUCUUGAUGCAGCAGCUUAUAAGGAGCAACGAACCCCAACAACUGUAAGUCUAAGAAAGGAAUCUUCAUCAAACGUAGUUUUUGUUGAUCUUCAAGACUUUCUGCUAUUCAAUCCUCCUUUUAAUUUGCUGGAUUCUGCUAGCCGUAAAAAGUAUGCUUUUUUAAUCCCUAUGCUUCCGCUCUUGAUUUGUAAAUUGAACUACAUGUAUAUCUUUACACUACAUUAAAUAUACGGCACACUCUGUAAAAAACAAGAUUAGUCAAUGUGCUUGGCACAGUGCUGUUCUGAAUUGUUACCCAAUUUCAGGGGAACCCUUAAGCCAUCUCCAGUUCUUAGGAGAAAUCCAUUCAUGUUACAAGAUGUUUUAUAUGCCAUGGCGAUGCUAGGGUCUUUAAAAUUAAAACAUGAACUAGGCAGUUACUUUCUGUGUUUUUGCCAUGUCAUAUUUCUGUCUAGACCUCCUUCCCUUUUAACUUUCUUUUCAAUUCUUCAUUUACAGGAUUCAGCAGAUGUCAGAGGAUGUUUAUAGAUUGGCAUUGUCCUGGUUCAAUGUUCCAUCUGUGGUUGCCUCCUGCGUUUGCUUUAUGGAGUUACUGGGACUCCGUAGUCACCGGCUUCGUGUGGAUGUGAAUGUUGGAAAUUUAUUAUUGAUUAAUACAAACUCUAAGCAUGAUGGAUCGGGGCAAAACUUUCAAGCAGAGUGUAUAGGUAUUGAUUUGUGUUGAUCAAGUGCUUUACACUGUGUGUCCAUUGUAUAAGUCAUAUGUAUGUUUUGCUAUCAGUGUUUGUUCUCGAUGUGCAUCUUACUCCAAUAUUCUCUGUGUCUACCGUCUGUCUCCAGCCCAAAAACUAUCCAACCUAUUGAACAAUGAGACUGAAGCUGCCGGUGAGAUUUCACUUCUUUUAGAAGAAGCCAUGAGUUCAACUCUGGAGAAUGAAUGGGAGGCCAAGUAAGAGAAAUAAGCAUAAAUGUGAAUGAUAGUGAGUGUGGUUGCAUAUGGGAACAGUGUUAUGCGUAGGACUGGACAGAACUCAUGAAAAGGUGGCUGAGUGAUAUAAUCCAAGGGAACAUUUCAUUGCCUCGAAGACAUAGAAAAGGAACCGGUGAUUUACUAAAUCAAAGUGGAAUACAGUGAUUUCAUGAUGGCCUAGCCAGAGGUUGUCAACCUUCUUCACUCCAGAUAUUGUUUACUACAUCCCCCAUAUUGCUGGCAAAGCAUCAAGGGAGAUGUAGUUCAAAACAUCUGGAGUGCCAAAGGUUGCCAAUCCGCUGGCCUAGACAUAUUCUGUAGAAGGGCAAUAUUAAGCAAUUUGCCAUUAAUACACACAAUAUUGAUAACUGCUCACCAAAAUCUUAUCACUGGGAAAUCUGAAAGACAGCUUUAUUGUUUGACUCUAACAUGCCAUAUUGUAAAAAAAUUCUACGGCUCUCUAGGUCAGUCAGGAUUAAAGGAUAAAUAAAUGGCACUUUACCAAUUGCAGGUCUGUGUAAUGAACUGAAUCCUUAGAAAUGUUUGUGCUUUGAUAUGCACUGUAUGUAUGCCCAUUGCUUUAACUAUUAUCUUAUAGUCUAUAACUCGGUGAGUGCUAGAAGCUUGCGAUUUGGCACUCCUCUGGCACUCAAAGGGUCAACUGCAUAGACUGCAAAAGAUGCACGUAUUCCUACAUCCAACUCUGUAUGUUAUGAAGAGACAAACAUUUACUAAGUGAAAUGUGACAAUUUAAAGAACAUCCACACUCUUGUGUCUCUGCAGCCCCAAUCUCUCAAAUAGGCCAUGGUCCACUCUUGUGCAGUUUUGCCUCCUCCACUCUGUGCCUUUGAGCUCCAGAUAUUUGAGAAAUUGUGCACAGAGACAGGACUGGCUGCAGCUUCUGGUUCAUACAAACUCGCUUCAACAGGUCAGUACAUGGUGUCUAUCAAGGUAUUCAAUAAAGUGGCAAUUGUUGUAAAUUCAAGGUCAAACUAGCCAAACUAGAAAGAUUCUCCAACUGAGCUAUGCUGCCAGUUCAUCUACUUUGGUCUUACAUUUGAAAUUCUCUUUGAAUUCUCGAUAAUUCUCAACUUAAGCAUAAUCUUGUCAGUCUUUAUCAUUCUCUUGUGUUCUUACUUGCCUGUAUUUUGCAGAUAUGCUGUGUUUUAGAGAACCUAAGCCCAGCUCUGGGCACUCACAUUGCUCUGGCAUUGCAUGGCAUGGCCUCGGACUCACAGGCCCCACACAUUUUCCCAGCAGAGAGCAGUGAGCCAAGCACAGUUGAUGUAUUUCAGGUUUUACUUCGGUGCCAAAAGAGCGAAAGACCAGGAUUUCUGCUUUUAAAGGAAAGCAUGAGGUGCAGUGCUCCAUUGCUGAGUGUGCUUGCUGCAUGCGCACAGGUACAUUUCUUCAACUGAUGCACAAUUCUUAUAUUAGAAUGUGCUUUCUGAGUGUACAAUAGUCAUUACAUGGAUGCCGCGAGCAUUCAUACAUUUGGCAUGUAGUAUUAUUUUCUUGCCAAAAAAAUAAAAAAAUGGAUUUGUGCUGCAUAGUGUAAACUCCCUUGACCGUGAUGUUCAAUUCUUAAAGUAAUGGUUACCCUGACAUAUCAGGGCUUUGCCAUAACCUUCUUCAGACACCAUCUUCCACUCCUCUGUCCCUAGGACGGCACUGACCUCAUCUCUUGUCUCUGCGUGUGGGUUCUUACUUCUGUGGGUCCUACUACUUGUGCACUGAUAACGAGGUCACUUUCAUCCCCUGAAGAUCAUAUAUGGAGUUUACAAGAUCUGAUACUGAUUUGGAACACCUUGCUGGAAAGAAAGAUGACAAGAGUCUUGCAUAGAGCAUUCAGCAUUUUUAUGGAGGUACACUGAAACAUAGUUUUCUUUUUCUUGAAAAAACUGAAAGUUUUAAAUGAGUGCCUAUCAUUUAAGAAAACACUAGAAUUAACGUCAGAUUUUGAACAUAUACUCAAGUAACAGAGACAGAUGUUAUGGCUCAUACGUGAAAGGUAGAGUGGUAUAAAGAUAGCUAAGGAUAGUCAAGAUUGUGAUGAGAAAAGGGAAAUCGGAUUGAGGCAGAGAGGCCAACUGGUUAGGAACACUUGAAUUAUUUUGAAUUAGUGACUUCUUCAUAUUUCCUAUUUUUUCUUUUCAGGACAGCCCCCUGCUGCUCCUGCUUGACUUGUAUGAGCUGUGUCUGCAACAGAAGAAUUAUCUAGAUGCCAAACAAAAACUGCAAGAUUUUCUGGCCCAUCUGCUAGCAGUGAGUGAUGUCGUCUUGCAGUUGAUCUCCUGUAUUUGAAAUGUACUCACCUUAACUGUUUUUUGAAUGUUUCGUGAAAUAAAUCCUUCCAGCUCCAGUCUGCCGAUGCCUCCCACUCUUCUCUGCUACCAAUUUCCUGGAUUCAGGACCGGGCUUCUGAGAUUGUUCAUCUUUUACUCUUGCAAAGUCGAACCCCAUAUGAACAGAGGAACAUUCUUCAGCUUUUGUGUGACUGUGACAGCCGGCAGUUUUGUGGACGUAAGGAAACUAGACUGUUGAUGCAGUAUAAGUUUAUAAUCCCAUAAUGUACUUUAUUACACACUGAUCUUGCUGAUAUGUUCCCAGGGCUGGAGAUCCACAAGCUAAAUGAUCUCACUCAGAUUCUACUAGACCAACCUGUCUGUAUUAGUAAGGAGCUGCUUAGUGACUAUAGCCCUGGAGGUCUUCAGAGGGAAUGUCAACAUCUGCUGGACAAACUAUUGGGUGAAAAACAUUUCCUUAUUGCGCAGAAGGUAGCUGAACUGGCAGGACUACCUACUGACUGCCUGGUGAAAGAAGAGGUAAAAUAAAACUUUUAUUUAAAAUAAUCUGUGAAACCCUUCUGAAUAUUCCCACUCCUACCUCUUUUCAUUCCCUUUUGUUCUAGACAUUAUGAUAUAAUUGUUCCCAUUCAGUACAUGUGCUCAAUACUGAAUAGAUAUCAAAUGAUAUAAUACUAAUAUACUCAAUACCAUGUAUAAGAAGUUCUUCUUUUUGUGACAUGGUCUCUCUAGGUUUUGCAGGACAAACUCAUCCUGCAAGAAAUUGGACAAUGGGCAUGUCCACAGAGCCGUUUACAGUUUUGGAAAAAAUGUCAUGAGAUGUUCUUCACCAACCAGCUGUCCCCAACCGUAGCAUCCAACUUCUUUCGAGAGGCAGCUAUUGCAGCUGUUGAGGAAGAACAAACAAUUCUUUUGGCAGAGGAGGAGCUAUUGCACACACUUGCAGGACAUUGGCUGUCUCUUGAUGAUAGCCCUCCAGUAGCCGCGCUAGAAGAAAUAGAGCAGAUGAUCUGGAAGUGUCGCAUUGAGCGGGAGGUUUUGAGUAAGGCUGCAGAAAUGAGAGCACAUGGCAUUGUGUCCUCUUUCACUAGUCUGGCUGCACAGUUUUCCUUUGCCGGUCUCCCACUACUCAACUCCCCAUCACUUCUCGAAAUCUCUUCUCUUCCACCACUCAAUGUGAGCAGCACCUUGGACUCUGAUCACACUAGGGCAUUGAGCACCUUAAUAGACCACCUCCUUGAUGACAGCUGCAUACAUGAGGCCAGCCGUAUAUGCAGAUACUAUCAGAUACCCCAUCGCAAUCUUUGGCUAGUGCUGAAUUGCAGGGCACUUGCAACAGGAGAGACUACAAAGGAUCAGAUGCAUCCUGAUAUCCAGACAAUCCUCACAGAAGGACUAGAAAUGGAAGAGUAUGCAUGGAAACGGAGGAAGAGGCUACAGAGCUGUGAGUGGGAAACCAUUACAUGUGCUUUACUGCAUAGGCAGGCAAAAUCAUAUUUACCGCUAGUAUUUUUAGUUGUGUGACAUGAAAGAGCAGUAGUAGCAGCAUGUGUUAAAAAAACUAAGCUAGACCAUGAUUGCAGCAAUAACAUAGAGACAUAGAAUGUGACUGCAGAUAAGAAGCAUUCGGCCCAUCUAGUCUGCACAAUUUUUUUAAAUACUUUGAUUAGUCCCUGACCUUAUCUUAUAGUUAGGAUAGCCUUACGCCUCUCCCACGCAUGCUUAAACUCCUUUACUGUGUUAACCUCUACCACUUCAGCUGGAAGGCUAUUCCAUGCAUCCACUACCCUCUCAGUAAAGUAAUACUUCCUGAUAUUAUUUUUAAACCUUUGCCCCUCUAAUGUAAGACUAGGUCCUCUUGUUGUGGUAGUUUUUCUUCUUUUAAAUAUAGUCUCCUCCUUUACUGUGUUGAUUCCCUUUAUAUAUUUAAAUGUUUCUAUCAUAUCCCCCCUGUCUCGUCUUUCCUCCAAGCUAUACAUGUUAAGAUCCUUUAUCCUUUCCUGGUAAGUUUUAUCCCGCAAUCCAUGAACCAGUUUAGUAGCCCUUCUCUGAACCCUCUCUAAGGUAUCAAUAUCCUUCUGAAGAUACGGUCUCCAGUACUGCGUACAAUACUCCAAGUGAGGUCUCACCAAUGUUCUGUACAAUGGCAUGAGCACUUCCCUCUUUCUACUGCUAAUAACUCUCCCUAUACAACCAAGCAUUAUGUCUGCCUACCUUUAAGUCAUUAGAAAUAAUCCCAUCUAAAUCCCUUUCCUCAGAUGUUUAGGUUAGGACUCUAUCAAAUAUUCUGUACUCUGCCCUUGGGUUUUUCCGUCAGAGAAGGCAGAGAUGGCAGGUAAAGCGCAUUAGAAAACAAAGAUGGCAGUCACAGCGCAAAGAGAGGGCAGAGAUGGCCGCUGUAACGCAAGGAGAUAGAAGUAGCAGAAAAUCUUUCAUUUUGGUUUCAUGCGUUUUUAAAUAUUUAGGAAUGAGUACUUAAACGGAUAUGUUUAAAAGUUGGUGUAAUUCCCUGAUUUAAUAAAAAUGAUUAUCAUAUUCUAUUCUUACUAUUGUUCCAAUGUGUAAAUGGUUAUAUAUAUUCCCAAGCUAUUAGCUGUAUUUGGAGGAGAUGCUUCAAGUCCUAUCUGCACAUUGUUCGUGUCAUUUGUAAAUAACUCAAUGCAUUCAUUUGCCUUUAGGGUGGGCUCUCUGCUAGUGUUGCAAGUUAAAUAAAAUUCAUGAUUCUUUUGGUAUCUGGUACCCAACAUUCUGCUCUCCUGUUGCUGUGGAAUUCCAGCUUCCUUGAUGCAUGGGCACUUAUAGUUUUAGUUUUUACAUUCAAGCCUUCUUAGUUAUGGGAUUUUGUGAACAUUCAAUGUGGAAAUUCUUUUAAUUCGCACUAUCUAAACUAUAUAAUAGAGAUAUGGUCAGUAUUUAUUUAGCCCUAAGGGCUUCAUUGUAGUCAGUCAGUCUUUUAAAGGGAUAUCUUCUCAUUCAAAUCCAUCUAUCUCCAGUGCCCAGCAUCGAAACUCCUCCAUCUCCUAAACAACAUGAUCCUGUGCUCAAAUACCUGGAGAUCCUCAAAGAUGCCUGCACUCAUGGGAAAACAUUCUGUCGGCAGCUGCUCUGUGUGUAUGAACUUAGCCAGGUUGGUGUUCAUUAACUAAGUCCAUCAAGUGAGACACCUGACAGUGUUAGGUGAGAGUGUUGAAGUUUUUCUAAUUUUGGAACGCUGAGCGCAUGACUUUAGCUUGGACAACGUGAGGUGUUUACACUGUGAACCUGGACGAUAUGUGCAGUAAAUUCAAUGUCUUUUUAGUUAUUUUUGUUGUAUUGUGUUGUCUUCUUAAGGAUCUUGGAUGUUCUUUCUCUGAUCUCUCCUCUCGAGAUGCGAGCGACAUUCUCCGCUCUCUUAUUUCCUGUCACCGCGAUGACCUUAGUGAGAGAGCGCACGCAGUCAUCACUUCACACCGGCUGUCUGCAGCUACUGUAGCAAAUAUUGUGACGGAGGAGGGACGGAGAAUGUGGCAAGAACUGGACAAAGAUAUAGGUGGGUAACAUGCAAGCAAAUAAAGUAGUGAUUGUUUGUGUCCACCUUCUUCUCUACAAACCUUUAAUUUUGUUGCAGGCCAGGCUGAAGUACAUAAUCUGUCUGAGACACGGAAACAGUUCUUACAGCUUGCCAAACUAUGCCCUGACCCUACCUUGGUGGGAAUAACUCUUCUUGACAAUCUGGAGAUGGUUCCUCUAACAGAGUCACAAUGCAGUGAGUAUUGGUGGUGAAAGGUCAAAGGUCUUGCUUAGCAUUGUUUAAAUGAUUUCCAAUUUCUGCCUGUCACACUCUCUUGCACAUUUCCAUCAGUUGCAACAAUUCUUCUACAUUUUAUGUUUUUUUUUUACACCUCCUGAUUGUUUUUUAGUUAUUGAACUACUGAUCGCUGCUCACGAAUGCUUCACUUUAACAUGUCACCUGGAGGGCAUUCGACGUGUGCUUCACGCAUGCCGCUACCUGAUCGAGAUGCACCUAGCUCCUAACAAAGAGUACAGUCUUAUGGUGUGUAACAAACUGCUCUUUCUCGUACUGCUAACCAUUGUUUGUUUCCUAUUUCUAACAGAGUAUUUUUGUCUUGUCACUGGCUCAGGUGCGGCUCCUCUCUGGCAUUGGUCGCUAUAACGACAUGGUUUACGUAUUUGAUAUUUUGCACAAAACCCAACACUUUGAAGUUUUGCUGCGGAAACAUCUGGACACGGUGAGGAUGGGGCCCGUGCAUGUAGAAUUGGCAAGGAUUACGGUUUUGGUGACCGUAAUGCUUAUUUUUAUUUAUUAAAGUGGGCAGCAACAAAUUAUUUAUUUAAUGCAAAAUUACAGUGUACAUUAUCUAUCCACACUCCCUAAAAUCAUAUGGGUAACUCUGUACAUAGUAAUAGCUGCAGCGAGACAUUUAGUAGAUUUAAUAUCUUGCUAUAUUCAUGCCACUUCUAUUGUUAUGUUUACUCUCCAGAAAGGAGGGCUACAGACUGCACUGGUGGAAUACAUUAAGCGUUGUCAUCCUGGAGACAGUGAGAAGCACAAUAUGACAGCCCUGUGCUUCAGCAUGCAUCGUGACAUUGGCCGCAACCACGAGCAUGCUGCUCUUAUUCAACUUAAACUCAUCCAGUCCCAGCCCUGGGGUAAGAAUUCCAGUUACACUGCUCUCCGUCAUAGGAUCCUGAGACACAUCUGCUCAUUGCUGGCUCCAGAGAGCUAGAAACGUGUUAUCAGGCAACUAACAGCCAGCCUCUUUCUUUGCCAUACUUUACAGAAUACUGGAUGACUGAAGUAGUGGAACUAAAGUCUUCAUUAAUGAAAGCACUGACUCUACUCAUUGAUGCUGCUGAGAGCUACUCAAAGGUAAACCCUGUAAUAAUGUCACUGUAAUUGACUGUUUGUAUCUGGUGGUUGCAUAUGCCUCUCUUGCAGUGGCUGCUCUUUAGAGUGGACUGCUAUAGUUUUGCAAAGUAAAAUAAACACCGGCUACUCCCAAAUUUACUUCAACAAUACAUUUAAAGUGUGAUCAGACUCCAUCUGUAUAUCCUUCUAGCAAAAUUCGUGGCUCAAGUAGUCGGAGGUGAGGGUCGACAAAGGCCCAUGGUUUAGUAAAAUGCAGUAUUACCUAUAUGUUUUGCUACCUAGACCCAAAACGCUUCAUCUUUUAUUGUAACGUUUAUUGAAAUUAUGAUAUACAAAUAAGUUCAAAGCAAAAGUCUUGCUAUGUAAAACUAAUGUUACACCCUGAUGUUGUACUUUGGGUAUUUCAAUAAAAAGAGAUUGACAAAAAAAUAAAUUUGUGGCUCAUGUAUAGAUCUUUGUAAAAUCAGAAAUAAAAAAGCCCUCUCCGUCUUGUGUCAAUCAAUGUAUUUAUACGUCUUCAGCAUAAACAUGAAUAAACUGUCUGUCCUGCCUGUUGGAAGGAGAACCCUCUCCUCUGGGCUGGAAGGAGGUGCUCCAGGCAGGCUCAGUGUGAGAGCAGCAUGGAGAGAGUGUUAUGGAAUAAUUGCUUCAUUGCAGCCGCUCCAGACAGGAACUCUGUAAGAGCAGCCAUGGAGAGAGAACAAAUAGCAGCAUGCGGCUUUUAUGAUGGUGAAGCCAGUAUGAAAAUAACUGUAUAGCGUGAACUAAAUAGGACAUUUAGCAAUCUGCAAACUCACAUCUGGUUUACAGCUUUGUCUGUUCACUAAGUAUUGAAUUGCAGUGUUUAGGCACUUUAAAAAACGAAAAACAUACAGAAAAGUAGACAAUCUCCUCUGCGCAUAGCCUUUAUGCCGCAGCUCCAAUUAAAGAGGAAAAAAAUAAUAAUAGUAAUUAGGUGCACAGUGAGUACUUACUACAGGUGAUAGAUUCACUGCUGGGCUUCUGGUGCUGAUUCCAUAGUUCCAAAUUCCAUCACCACAAAUUCAAAAUAGAAUGCACUUGGUAAUCAGUAAGUUUUUUGGGGGGGCAAUUUUUUGCGAAUUUAUCUAAGAUUUUAGAUCACGAGUUAUUCAUGAGGUCUGUGUGUAUUUCUUUUAUACCAUAUUCUUCAAUAAACAGUCAUUUUAAGGUUCUACCUUAUGGAGAUGAUUUAGUGACCUUUUUUUGUUUAGGUAAUGGAAAUCAUAAACUCAGGAGAGAAUUUUCCAGUUCUGUUAUUUUGGCCUCAAAUUGCAACUUGGCUGUUAUAAAUUUGGGGUAUAAGCAUGCACCAGUGAUGCUUAUUUGAGUACACAUAGCUUUGUGUUCCAUCAUUUUCUUGACUAUGUCCAUGCACAGGAUUCUUGUGUCCGCCAGUCCCUGCGCUGUGCACGUCUCACCCGUCUUCUGACUUUGCAAAUUCAUUUGCUGAAUGGUGGCCAUCAAACCAGACUUAUCAACUUGGAAAGAGAGAGUUUGAUGGUGCCGAUACUGGCACUGCCACGUUUCUAUCAGGUAAUUGUGCAUGUACAGAUCAUUAUUCUCAAAACAACCAUUUAUUAAUAUUGUUUCUUUGCCAUCAAUGUUGCAACUACCAUAGGAUCCCCUCCAAGCCCUGAUCAUAUCCGCAAUACUCCUUAAGUGAAGACUUCGACAGAUGCAUGUUUCAUUCACAAGGCAGUAGAAAGUUCUAAUGGUAUUUAGCAUUUAGUGAUGGUCAUUCUGUAUUAUCCUGUGCCUUGUAAAAUGUACAUACAGCUUAACAACUUUGGUUGGAUGUCUUGUCGUUAGAUGUAACCAGGCUGUCAUUUUAGAAAAUGCUCCUUGCUGCUAGAACUGAUUAUUCUUAUUUGCAUGUAAUAUGUGUUUCUGCAUUUAUGUGGGGAAAAGAUAGCUUUAUGAAAUGUGCUUUUCAUUUAGUCUGUUUAUCCUCCACUUCUCGUACUUCUAUGUCAUUUAAAAAAAAAAAAAAAGUUUUAUUUAUAUCUAAACUCUCUUGGCACAAGCAGAUAUAUUGUUUAAAUGUAGUGCAGUAAACAAUGACUUUUAACAACAUCUAGGGCCAGGAGAGUAUAUAGAAAUAUACUAACAAUGAUUUUGGUACAUAUUUCACAUUAGUGUGCUACUUUGUGCAAGUCCUGAGUAUUGUGUGUGUUUGAUUUUUUUUUUUCCUCCAGUGAUAAACAGGUGGUUUAGAAUAAGUAAAAUGAGCAGACUAUCCACAAUGAGACCAACACCAAUCAUGUUGUACAUCUCUUUUCUAAUAUGUAUUUCUCUCCUCUCACACUUGAAUCCCAAACCCAGGCUGUUAUUGUCACUGAGGCCUACGACCAGCAGCCAGACUGGGCAGAGGCUUUGUAUCACAAAGUGAUUGUUGGAGGCGACUUUCAGUAUUUUGAAGAAUUCAAACAGCGACAGGUGGUCCAGAGCGGAUUGUUUGAAAAUAUAUCCAACAAGUAAGAUCUAUUCCCACUGUAAAAGGCCAUGGGUAGGGCAGGACGUGGGCCCGGCUGAAAAAUCAGAAGCAGUGCAUUACAAUAGUAAUGUAUAGGGAUAUGAAUUUAAUUACCUGAUGCGGACUCUGUCACCCAUGUUUUGUGAAUUCAAUGAAAUUCCACUGAGGAUUUAAGGGACGCUCUAAGCACCAGAAACACUUAAAGGAACACUAUAGUGUCAGGAAUACAAACUUGUAUUUCUGACACUAUAGUGUUUAACUAUUUAGGUUACUCCUCCCCUAAAUGCAUGAGAGAGGUGUUUUUAUCACCUUUUUUUUUUCCCACACCACAACGGUCUCGCCACCUCUCCAGGGCUGAGAUCAUCAAUCUUUAUCAUCUCAGCCAAUACAAAAAUAGGAAAGCAUUGGGAGGCUAUUGCACACGCAUGGUAAAACGCAGCGCUGCACCUCCUCGUAAAGAUGCAUUGAAUUUGUUCAGCUGAAUGUGGAUGCUGCACAUAGUGCAGCACUUUACUAGGAAGCACCUCUAAUGGCAGUCUGAGUGACUGCCACGAGAUGUUUUUCUAGCCAGCAAUGUAAACAAUCAUUUUCUCUGAAGAAUCUAUGUUUACAGUGCUCAUCCUGCAGGGGCAGGCUCUAGUUGUUCUGUUGACUAUAGUAUCCAUUUUAAUGUAGUGGUUCUGGUGCUGUCUCUGACAUGCAAACACUGCGUUUUCGGAGAAAUGGCAGUGUUUACUUUGAAGGCAAGGAACACCUCACAUGCUUUCACUUAGACAGCCACUAGAGCAUGAAGCUGUCGAAAGCACCUUUCCGAAAAACUGGAGAUUUUAAGUCACAAAAACAGAGCUGGAAUCAUAGGCCAAAACAGAGGAAUUCGAAACAUUAUCAGAAUCUGUUAAAAUUGAAAAUUCUCUUUUCAAUUCUCCACUAUUCCAGUUUUUCAUUCUUUGGCUGUGGAAUUAAAGAUCACAUUCUGUGCAGUGCUCCCGUCUAUUAAAAAAUAGAAAUGAUGAAGGCUAAAUAAUUCCAUGAAAAGAGCCGAUUUAGUGAAAUACAAACAAUUUAUAGUUUGGAAAUUACUGAAAAACUUCACACAGAAAAUAAGUAUGUAAUGACUAACCUUGUCACACCUACAGCUCAUUCUUUGUUUCCAUUCAGAUGUAAGCUGCAUCCUCCAGGAGCGACUGGAGUUCAGAAUCUGAAGAAACUGAUUGAUUACUGUGAGGAUACCUACACACGAUACAAACUGGCCUUCGAAAAUGAGUUCUUUGAUACAACAGACAUUUUGAUGAAAGACUCACAGACACGAUGCUGUCUGACUGAUAUGCUCUCUAGGUAGGGUAACCUUGACAAUGUCACUCAAAGGACAAGGUGAAAUUGUGCUAUGGAUGUCAGUCAUUGUUACUUCCAUGGUUGACUACUCUAUGCAGUUCAACUCAGUCAAUUCAAAUAUCUCUCCCUCCUCCCCCCCCAUACCUGCACUAUUUGUAAAAUUGUAAAACUGAUUAAAUACAUUUUGAUAACAUUGUCUAA